CACUAGCUGCCUUUCUCCUCAAAACCUGUUCCAGUAAAAUGGUCACUAAACUAUUCCAUCUCAGGCCAAAGUUGCUCCCUUUCACAAUCGUCUCCCCCAAAAGCUCCCCUCUUCCUAAACCCACCCUUCUUUCUCUCUUCUCCACCCAGUCUCAGACUGAAUCCCUUCCUUAUGGCCCUUCUCUUCUCAAAGGCAAAGCUCCAAUUCAAACCCCACAAUUCCCACCCAGAACCCCAAUUAAGCAGGAAGAAAGUCCCAAGGAAGACCCACAAGAAGAAUUAGAUGGAAACAUCAUCGAUGAGGUGAAAUUCACCAGAGUUUUUUAUAUUGCGGCCCUCCGCGUCCCCGCCAAGGACUGUUUUGCUCUAGAGAGCCGUCUCCGGGGUCAUCUUCUCAACUGGCCAAGAAUUCGCAACAUUGCUAGAGUACCUGGGGACGAGAUUGAUGAUGAAGUUAGAAACUUUUUAGAUAGCGGUCGAGAUGAGAGUGAGGAAUGCAGUGACGAGAGUGGUGGUGGCGAUUCAUUGGUUUUGUAUAGGGAGAAGCUGGUGAAGGAGUUUAAUUCGCGGGGGUUUGUGAAGUUCAGGAACUUGGCAAAGAUUUCGCGUCCUCCAAAGAGGAAAAAGAAUGAAAGGAAAGGAGAGGAAAGGAAACGCGAGGAGAGGAAAAAGUUAUGUGUUGUGGAAGUUUUGGGUGAAGAUGAAGGGAAGGAAAUGAGGGCAUUGUUGGGAGAAGGGUUUCGUGGAGAGAGGAAAUGGAAGGGUUCCACAAGAUUGUUGCUUUUGGAUGAGAGGUAUUGGGACAGGGAAGUGGACGAGUUGCCUCAGGCAAUCAAGGCUGCGAUAGUAGAAGAUGAUGGAGAAAACAGAACAUCCAGUAUAGAACUUGUGAGAUGCAGGCUGACUUUGUUUUAUGAUUAUUGGGGGAUGAAUGAGAUCUUGGAGGCCUUGUUACCUAAUGGUUUAGUUGUCCCAUCUGCCUUUGAGACAGUUGGUCAUAUUGCACAUUUGAACUUAAGAGAUGAACAUCUUCCAUACAAGAAGGUUAUAGCAAAGGUGGUUUUGGAUAAAAAUAAGCCAAAGAUUCAAACAGUUGUAAAUAAGACUGAUGCCAUUAACAAUGACUACAGAACAAUGCAGCUCGAGGUUUUAGCUGGAAACCACUCCCUUCUGACUACAGUAGUUGAGAAUGGUCUACAAUUUCAUGUUGAUUUAGCAACAGUAUAUUGGAAUUCAAGACUUGCUACUGAGAGACAAAGGCUUCUGAGUGGCUUCAGUCGUAAUGACAUCAUAUGUGAUGUUUUUGCAGGGGUUGGUCCAAUUGCUAUAGCUGCAGCUAAGAUAGUAAAACGUGUAUAUGCUAAUGAUUUGAACCCUUAUGCUGUUGAUUACCUUGAAAGAAAUUGCGUCCUCAACAGACUUGAGAGGAAGAUUGAGGUGUUUAACAUGGAUGGAAGAAGGUUCAUCAAAGCUGUGUUCGCAAGUGACAAAGCUCUGUCGAUCACACAAAUUGUUAUGAAUUUGCCAAAUGAUGCUGGAGAAUUUCUAGAUGCAUUCAGAGGCAUAUACAGAGAUCGACGUAAGGAUAAAGAACUCAAUUUCCCAAGAAUUCAUGUCUAUGGAUUUUCCAAAGCUCAAGAUCCUGAGUUUGAUUUCCACGAGCGGAUACGAAUUGCUCUUCAAGAGGUUGCAGUUAAUGUGGAAAUGCGUAGAGUACGCCUAGUUGCACCUGGAAAAUGGAUGCUGUGUGCAUCAUUUAUUCUUCCUGAGAGUGUAGCAUUUGCAAAAAACCCAUACGACAUGUAAAACACAUCCCCAUAAUUAAUGAUAUAAUGAUAGAACACAUGAUUCUUUUCAGGGUCAUAUUACUUUGCAUGCAUUUUCAUGGUAUUUUAGCAGAGUUUUUUUUUUUUUUAAGUGCAGAUUGGCUUCAACUGGAUAGGGUUCACUUGAAUUAUUCCAUUUCCAAGUAAAAUGGCAAAGGUUAA